AUGGCAGAUGUGAGUAAGGAUGUUACCGAACACCGAAUCCAGCCACUGACCCCCGUGAUUAUUCCUUGCGCAGACGGCGUUCACCCAGUCGCUGCAUGCGACGCUCGAGCAAUCCGUCGCGCCUGACACGGCCGUCAUCAAAGCCGUCAGUCGUUGCAGUUCGGCUCAGCUAAGCUCAUCCCAGCCCAUCCCAGCUCAGCCUAGCCCGGCUCUACGCGUCCCCCGAGGCCGAGCUCACACAGAAUAACUGUUCUUGAACAGGCUACUGUCACACUCAACAAGCAGUUCUACACCAACGCGGCGUGCGUGCCCGCGCUAUUCGAGAUCGCCAGCUCCAGUCCCAACUCGGCGGUGAGUGGUGUGCUGCCCGUCGAUGCGCCCGCUCCUGCUUCUCCGGAACACCUUCGGCCACGUUCCAGCACCUAGGUUGAUCGCAAUACUGCGGUCUGGGUCGGACUGGAGAAAGGGGAAUCAUCCCGGGCGAUGGUUCGCGCUGGGACCCGUGCUGCCCUCGCUGGCUCUCGCAAGCAGUCUCCGACCUCGUGGCAUCCUUCGCUUCCCCAAAAAUAGCUCCUGUUCACGUGUACCUUAUGCGCCCGACUAGCUCGAUCCACGACAUUCAUCGAUGAGAUCUGACUUCCUAUGUACAGCUGGCUCACUCGUUCCCUGGACGCUCUCCUACAGAUCCGACAAUUGGCUUUGGUCGAACUUCGCAAGAGGAUCAUCUUCAAGAAGUCGAAGCAGUACCUCGCGCACCCUCAACAAUUGCGCACGGCUCUCAAGGCGCGACUAUUGGAACUCGUCCUAAGUGACAUCACGUGCGUUCACCCAUCCAUUCAACCACGGCCGGCACGUUCGGCGCUAGGUGGCUGCCGAGGUCGAAAUGUGCGCAAAUUGACCCGAACGCGCUAUAAUACCACAGUGGUCAAACACGAGCGGCCGCUAUCCGUGUCAUCGCCGCUAUCGCUUCGGUUGAGAUCGACAAGAACACCUGGCCCGAACUUCUUCCUUGGUUAUGGCAAGGCGCAUCCGAUGCCGACAAGACUUGCCGAGAGGUGUCGAGCCAGUCGAUCAACGUUCUGCUCGACCACAUCGCAGUCGCCAAGACGAGCAGCAGUCCUUCGGGCAACUACAUUCCGCUCUUGAUGGAGUUGUUCAGCAAAACUUUGGUCGACUCGGAAAGUCUGACGGUCCGCGUCUGGACCGUUCGAUCGCUCGGGCGACUUGCCGAGUACAUCGAGAAAUCCGAUGAGGUCGAAACUGCUGCCUUUCAAUCGCUCGUUCCUGGCAUCGUCGGUGUCUUGUCGCAGACGCUCGAGGCUGGCGAUGAGACGGCGGUGAAGGAAGGGUUCGAGGUUGUCGAAGGGCUCAUGCUUGCCGAGGCUCCUCUCGUCACACCGCAUUUGGCCGCCUUAGUGCAAUUCCUCCUUUCCGCGUCGGCGAACCGAGCCUACGACGAUGAGCUGCGCAUCAUGGCCCUCAACGCCCUCAUGUGGACCAUCAAGCUCAAGAAGGCCAAAAUUCAGUCGCUCAACCUCGCCGGCGCGAUCGUCACCGCCCUUCUUCCCGUCGGUGCCGAGCCCGAGCCGACCGAUGCCGAUGAUGACAGCCCGGCCCGCGUCGCCUUCCGAGUCAUCGACACCCUCGCCACCUCACUUCCCCCGACCCAGGUCUUCCCUCCCCUGUUUGAGUCUGUCCGCCACUUUGCCGCCUCGCCCGACCCCUUAUUUCGCAAAUCCGCCAUCACCGCCUUCGGAGUCGUCGUCGAGGGCUGCUCGCUCUUCAUCCAGCCUCACUUGGAGCAACUCUGGCCCCUCAUCUUUUCCGGUCUGGCCGACUCGGAGGUCAUCGUUCGCAAGGCUUCGUGUAACGCUCUCGGGUGCCUGUGCGAGAUGCUGGACGAGGAGUGCGCGCAACAGCACGCCGUUUUGUUGCCGAUGAUUGCCAAGCUUAUGUCGGAUCCCGAGACCCAGCGUUCGGCCUGCACGGCGCUUGACUGCUUGCUCGAGGUGCUCGGCCCCGAUAUCGAGCCCUACAUCCCCAGUCUCAUGGAUUCGCUGAUCAACCUGCUCGAUACGGCCUCGCUCGAACUCAAGGGCACGGUUGUUGGUGCGAUCGGAUCGGCCGCGCAUGCUUCCAAGGCCAAGUUCGCGCCUUACUUUAGCGCGGCGAUGCAGAGGAUUGUCACGUUCUUGUCGUUGACGGAGGAGGGCGAGGAGCUGCAGCUCCGCGGUGUCGCUCAGGACACGGUCGGUACGCUCGCCGAAUCGGUCGGUAAAGAGCUCUUCCGACCUUACUACGCUCCCUUGAUGCAAAUAUCGAUCGAGGCCAUGGCCGUCCCGAACGCACCCACACUGAAGGAGUGCUCGUACAUCUUCUGGGCCGUUCUGUCACGCGUCUACGGCGAAGAGUUCCAGACGUACCUCCCGACGAUCAUGCCCCUGUUGCUCGGUGCCGUUGGGCAGGCGGAGGUCGAUGAGCAAACCCUCCUCGGCAUGGGGCUCGGCUCGAACGACUUUGGAACGGGUGCUGAUGGUGACGACGACGAUGGUGAUGACGGGUUCGAGGACAUCGACGAGGAUAUCAACUCGGACGACGAUGAAGCUCUUUUCAGCGCCACGACGGCGAUCGCUUUGGAGAAGGAGAUCGCGGCCGACUCGAUCACCGAGCUCUUCAGCAACAUCAAAACACCCUUCCUGCCCUACGUCGAGAAGACGGUCGAGGCCUUGAUGCCCGGCCUCCAGCACGAAUGGCACGAAGGCAUCCGAAAGAGCAGCGCUUCGGCCUUGCUCGGCUUUAUUGUGACCUUCCAUGCGAUGACGGGCGGACCGAAGUGGCAAAAGGGGACAGCUGGCGCUACACUCGGAGCCAACGUUUCGCAGCUCGCCAAUGCCGUUCUGCCCCCGAUCUUUGAGAUGUGGGAAGAAGAAGAGGAGAGGGACGUCGUCAACGAGCUAUGCAACGCCGUCUCAGCCGCACUUUUGGCCGUCGGCCCUGCGUUGAUCUACCCGCAGUACGUCGAGACGCUGGCGCAACAUCUUGACCUGAUCCUCAAGCGGCAGGCACCGUGUCAGAUCUCAGAUGAGGAUGACGAGCAUGGGGUUGCGGCGGGCGAGCAAUCGGAGUACGAUGCUCAGCUCAUUGGCUCGGCCAGCGAUCUCGUCGGCACACUCGCUUCGGUUCUCGGUCACGACUUUGCCCAACUCUUCAAUACCUUCUUGCCCAGUAUGGCGCAAUACUACGACCUCGAGCGAGCAACGGGCGAUAGGUCGACGACAAUUGGCUCGUUGGCUGAGAUCGUUAACGGCAUGGACUCGUCGGUCACACCAUGGACCGAGACUCUCUUCCAGCUCUUUGUCCGUGCCCUGUCCGACCCCGAAGCCGAGGUUCAGAGCAACGCCGCAUUCGCUCUUGGUUCGCUCCUGUACCAAACGCAGCAAGACAUGUCGGCACAGUACCUCACCGUUCUCGGCGCGUUGCAGCCCCUCUUUGCGCCGACGAGUGAUGCGGUCAAGAUGGAAUCGGCUCGGGAUAACGCCAUGGGCGCCGUCGCACGCAUGAUCCUGAAGAACCAGGCCGCCGUGCCGCUCGACCAGGUCUUGCCGAUCUUCUUGCAAAACUUGCCGCUCAAGCGCGACUUUGCCGAGUCGGAAAUGACUGUGAGCACCUUCAUCUCAAGGUAUCCCGGUGCAAUGCUUGUACUAAUGCACACUCUUUGAUCUUCUUCCGCCUAGUUCAACGCCAUCUUCGCGCUCAUGCAGUCCCAGAACCCGCUCGUCUUGCAGAACAUCGACCACUUGCUCACGGUCUUCCAGCAAGCCCUUGCAUCGUGCGCCGAGGGCUACCGACCGACGAACGACGAUGCUCAGUUAGAUGAGCCGACAUAUCAACGAACCAUCGAGAUCGCCAAGGCAGUCAACGUCAGCUAUCCCGAAAAGAUUGCCGCCGCUGGUUAGUCGACAGCCCGGAGACCGAUGCUACCUAACAAAGUGCUGAUUCCGCUUUCCUUUGCACUCUUAUUCGAUAGGUCUCACGUCUUAUGUCGCGUAA